GCAUGCAGGCUUGGUUACCCUGAGGCACGUGGAAUCUUCCUGGACCAGGGAUCAAACCAGUGGCGCCUGCAUUGGCAGACAGAUUCUUAACCACUGGACCACCAGGGAAGUCCCAUACAUUUACCUUUGCAUAAAACUGCCAAACUGCUUUUCAGAACAGCUGCAGCAUUUUGCAUCCCCACCAGGAACCAGAAGCUUGUGAGGGUUCCGAUGUCCCCACACCCUCACCAACACUUGUCAUUGCCUGUCUUUUUCAUUGUUAGCCAUCCUCGUGGGUGCGAAGUGGUAUCUUCAUUUUGCCUUUCCCUGGUGAGGGUUGAUGUUGAACAUCUUGUUAUGGGCUUUAUUAGCCAUACAUAAAUCUUCUUUGGUGAUAUCUAUAUUUCAGCCUUUUGCCCAUUUUAAAAUUGGAUUGUUUGUUGUCUUCUUACUGGGUUGUGUGAGUUGUUUAUACCAGCUGAUUCAGGUCCUUUGUUGGGCGUGUGAUUUGCAGGUAUUUCCUUCCAGUCCGUGUCUUGUGUUUAUACCUGUUAACAAUGUCUUUUGAAGUGCAAAGAUUUUUAAUACUGAUGAUGCCAAACUUAUCAAUUUCUUAUAUUGUUUGUGCUCUUGGAGUUGUAUCUAAGAAUGUGUGUGCAAUCUGAGGUCAUGAAAUUACACUUCUGCUUUCUUGUAAGUGUAGCUUUAGACUUUACGUUAAGGUCUGUGAUCCAUUUGCAUUAGUUUUUGUAUAUGACAUACAAUUUUGUAUAUGGUAAGAUAGGGCCUAAAUUAAUCUUUUUUGUAUGUGGAUACCCAACUGUCCCAAGUACAUUUGUUGAAAAUGAACAAAGAACGAUUCUGUCCCCCAUUGAACUGCCGUGGCACUUUGGUUGAAAAUCUCAACCAUUGUGUUUAAUGCCCUAGCUUUCUCUUUCUCCUCUUGCUUAUCAUGGGGGUUGGCAGACUGGUAGAAUAUGGUAUUAACCAGAUUCCCACGUGUCUAACUGCAUGAUCACAGUUACCAAAAGCUGCCGGCUGUGUGACCAUUGGUCAAAGACGAGAUGUCUACCUGAGCGGCAGCUGCCGCUUGCCAGCUGUAUGAUCUGGGUCAAGUUUCUUAGUUGCUUCCUGCCUCAGUUUCCCCACCUGUGAACCAGGAGUGCUGAUAACUCCUUACCUCCAGGGUUACUGGAAAAAAGAUGAGUGGAGGGCAGCCCGCACAGUUCACAUUAGUUGUUGCAAUUGAUGCAGUGGGAUUUUUGGGGACCACCAUCACUUUGAGCUAAAAUUUGCUCAGCCUGACUCCACCCUGUGCACCCUACGAUGAAAGAAGGGAAGGGAAUCCUACACAGGUGAAGCAGGCUCUGUUCAAACUGCAGUGUCCAGGAGGCGGCUCAUGUAACCCACAAAUAAUGGUGGUUUUGGACAUCAGCUGUGAGUGGCCACAGGCUCCAUACUCUUUUUUUUCUGGUAUAAAUGCAGGUCCUUCUUUAGGAAGGUCUGGUGGAGCACAUGUCCCUGCCUGAUGCCAAAGAGAUGUGAAAAAAGAGAUACCACCAGCUUAACCUCUGUUUGCACUGAAUUUUAGUACAAACAUUCGAUCCGUAGUCACCUGCACACCUCCCCCCACCCACAUGCACACACACACCCACACACCUUUCUUGCCAGAUUCUUCCUCCUACACUCCUUCCUCCUUUCAUUUAUAAGUAGCACCCUCCAGAGGGCCAGGCAUUUGCACACACCCCCGCCGACCUGAGCCCUAACUCGGCUCCUAAGGUGAGGUCUUAACCUCAGCACUGUGGACACUGGGGCCCAGGUCCCUGCUAGUCGCAGGGCCGUCCAUCCUGUGCAUCACGGGCUGUUUCAUAGCAGCCCUGCCUCCACCCACGAGACGCCUGUAGCACUGCCCCUCUCCCCCAGUUGUGACAACCAAAACUGUCUCCAGAAAUGGCCACACGUGCCCCUCUGAAGCAAAACCGCCCUCCGCUGAGAACAGCUGCCCUGCAGGUCUUGUGUGGAGGCGUGUGAGACAGAACUCGGGAGCUGAGCGUGGGCCCGUGCGGGCGGGGGUCAGGAGGGCAGCCUGAAGGGACGCGUUGCCUCCCCUAGCCGCCCCCCACACUCAGAGUCCCCCUUGUGCCUUGUCUCCAGGGCCUCGAUCUCCUCGGAACGCUCGGGGCAGCGCUGUGCGUCUUCCUGCCGGGUGGGCUUGACCCGGAACAGCCGUGGCACCUGUGGCCUCUUGGCCCCUGGUGCCCUUGAACCCCCGCUCUCUCGGCUCCUACCACCUUCUCUCCGAAGCUGUGUCCGCAGAGGUCCCCGACAUGCGAAGAAGCUCGGAGAGGGCCGCUCGACGGAGCCCCAGUCCCGACAAGGAAGCCUUGCUCUCGAGGCAGAACCUUUCGGACAGAUUGCUGCAGGUCCAAGAGAAGGGAGAUCUGGAGCCGCAGAGAGGACAGAAGGACCCCCAGCAGUGGAAGACCCAGCUACUCCAGCGCUUGGUCGAGGAGCUGAAGGCAGAGUGGCCAGAGGCCUUGGACCAGCAAAUUCGAGGCCUGGGGCGGCUGUACUUAGCGCAUCUGUUGGGCUCGGGGGGCGAACAGGCCGAGGACCAUGAACCCAACUCAGAGGGCUCGGCCCAGCGAGGAGCAGCCAGGUUGCCCAGGGCCAAGGGGAAGCACAGAGUGGCCGCGCGGGAAGAGAAGGGACGCAAGGAGGAGCUGGCCCGACGGCAGCCCUGGUGCGCCACGUCCCGGAGGAGGGCAGUGGACCGAGAGAGGCAGGGGGCCUCCAGAGCCACAGGCCCGUGUCCCCCUUCCCUGAGCUCCCCGGAGAGGAGUAAAGGAAAACGAGCGCCUUCCAUGAAGACCGGUGGGGGCUGCCGUCACGGGACAGACGUGGAGAAGCUCUUGGCUGCCACAGAGGGGAUCAAGCGCCUGGAGGAACGGGAGAGUGACGCAGCCCGGGAGGGUAGGAGGCAGCUGGGGAAGCGGCCAGCUCGUCGUCAAGGCCCGAAAAACAACUGUCUGGAUCAGAGCCCCGAAGGCAAAGCCGACCACCUGGAACAGCUGUGUCCAGUCGGCUCGACCCACAGAAGGGGGGCCUCGCCGCCCGCGAAGCUCGGGAACAAGAGCAGGUGGCAGAGAGAGCUGGAAUUUGCCUUCGAAGAGUUGUUUGAUACCAACAGGAAGCUGAAAAAACACCUGAACUUGCAGCUGGAUCUCAAGCCCGGGGUGGAUCAGAGCCCUGGUGAAGAUCAGGACUUCAGGGAGGAGACGCAUGCAUGGAGAAGGGAGAGCCAGAGAGACAAGGCGGAAAGAGAUGCAGAGAUUCACGUGGUGCCCGCCGGGGAGCCCGCAAGUUCAGCGGGGAUGGAAGCCCACCUGGCGUCGUCCAGAACCAGCUUGCAAAAGUUUCUAAGCAAGCUCGAGAACCAGAAAUACCAUAGGAUGGCCAAGGGCGUGGUUAAGAGCGACAAUACACUUUGGUCUCCCGAGGCAGGAACCUCUCUGGAUGAAAAAGACCGGCUCUCGUGCAGCCCUGGAUCCGGAUGGGAGCCGCCCCAACUGGAUGUGCUGGUGCAGGGCUCCCUUCAGCUUCACCCGCAAGAACAGGCAGACAGGGUUGGCUUGAUGGCAUCAAUGCAGAAGCAGAAAAUGCAGGUGGAGCAAAGAAGACUGAAGCAGCUGGACUUGCUUGAGCAAGUCGAACACCCCAAGGUGAGCUUGGAGGCCGAUCUCCAGACGGAGCUGAAAGAUGGGAGGAGGGAACAGAGGCAAGCUCGUCUGGCUCAGCCGAAGCCUGACUCCCCUCCAGACCCGGAGAAGGAAGGCGGGUAUGACCGCAGCCCCACUUCCCCCUCGGCCGCCAUCGUCGACGAUGACAGGCAUAGUCAGAUGAUCCGUGACAUUCAACAGCAGAUUCUAGAGCAAAACAAGUUGCACAAGCAGUUUCUUAAAGAAGCCAGGAAACGCUUGGUGGAGUUUCAGAAAAUAUGUUAAAAGUGAGAGUCCCACCCAUGGUAAAUACAUCACUGAUAACUGGGCAUUCUGCCGGAACUGGUACCCAAGUCUGUGCGAUUGUAUUUGCGUCAUCUGCUCAGAAACCCAUAGCCUCUUUAAAAUGGGCCAUCAGUCAUCCUCCUGUGCUUUUGGCGCAAGUUCCUCUGCAGAAAUCCUACUCACUCCCAAACUUGCCUUCAAAAACUAAGUCCUAUUCGGAAAGAAUCCUUAGCAUGAAAAUAAGAACCCGUGUAGGGCGCGGUACGUGGGUCUGGCCAGUGUUAGCCCAGAGGGGUGUCCUGGAGCUGAGGCUGUUUUCAUGUACUGCGAGCGCAGAUGGAAACGCCAGGUACAUUUAAGUGCUUCAGAUGUUUUAGUCAAAUAAACACUGGACUUUGAGGGGCAUCCAAGGUCAGACGGGCGCAGUUUCAAAAGAUACAUCAUUGGUUGCUUAGCCAGUGGCUGAGACGUUCAUGGAGAGGUUUCACGAAAAUCUUUCAGUCUUUUCAAAGCAACGUCAUUUCAUAGGACAUCACUUGGUAACAUUCUUGUAAAUUUAAUAUUAGAAAGCGGGAGGGAGGGAGAGAAGGGGGUGGGAGCAAGAGGAAGAAAGAGGAAAGAGAAGAAAAGAAAGGGGAAAUGAUUCUCAGUGACACAGCACUACAGACUCCUUUGGGGCUGGCAGUGGUGGGGGGCGGGGAACAGGGUGUCUGAUCGGUUGCCUUUUUCCCAGCUUUACGCCUGACCCAGAAGCCUCAGCAGCCACGGAGACCCUACACUAGAUGGGCUUUUGUCUACCAGUUGCAUACUUAGGGAUUGGAAUAGAGUGGACAAACCUUUUCUGCAAGGAGCUGAGAGUAAACAGUCUAAGCUUCACUGGCCAUAUGGUCUCUGUGGCAGCUACUCAAUGCCUGGAAGGCAGCCAUAGACUAAAUGAAUGGGUGUGACCGAGUUCCAAUAAGAUUUGAUUUACAAAAAUAAGGGGUAGGCAGGCUGUGGCCCUCAAGCCAGCAUUAGCUGACCCCUGGGCUUAGCAUAUCAAGGAAAUGGUCCUCCCUCCCUCCCUUCCAGGAACCUCAGCUGUCCUGAGUAGGAGCCCCUCUUCUGUGGCCUUUUUAACCAUAUGUAUAUUUGGCACCAUAGCCUAGCUAUAGUGACCAACAGGGAGUGAAGGCAGGGUCUGUUGGGACCCCAGCCUGCCCAUAUAUAGACGGUGUAAUCAUCACUUGUGAGCCCACCAUUCAAAUCUGAGAUCUGAAAUAUUUGCCGAAAACCAGCUUUAUCUGUGUGCCCCUCCCCUCUUCUGUACGCUGUUCCUCCUUAGCUGUAUUGUGUAUCCGCAGAACCUGGGAGCUGUCCCCACUUCACACACCAGAACACACCCUAUAUUGUUCAGCUUUACUUACGCUUGACCCCUAUAAAAAGGAUGUUAUAGCACAUGUGGUCUUUUGGAAGCUUUUUUGGACCCAGUGUAGUGAGUUUGCCCAUCUCACAGGCAGGUGUCAUUUUUGCCACUGCGUCACGUUUUCAUGGGACCCUCUGAGCUUUCUUCCCAUCACUGCUUGUUUUGGGCCAGUUCCCGAAACGAGAACAACAUCCCUAAUGCACUGGGGUCAAAAGGCCUGGCAUCAGAAAGUGCUUUGGGAAUGUGUGGACACCCCAGCUGGGACGGAGAUGUGGGAAAGGUCUACUUCCUCCUUUUCUUCCCAUUUUUACCUCUUCUUUGCCUCUGGAAAAUGUUGGCCUGAGCUUGGACCAUUCUUCCUUUGCAAAUACUGACUGGCAGACACUGCCUUACAAAACUGGAUGUGAGCAGUGAACACACACAUGGACAUAUUAUAUUCUGGUGGAGGAUACAGGUAACAAGUGACCACAAUGACUUAGAUGGUGAUGGGAGACUACUUAGAGAGGUGGGGUGAGUGACCUGAUGCAUGUCUCUGAGCAUCCAGCCCCCAACCCCUGAAUGUUUGUAUGGAGCAGUAAUGGCAUCCUACAAGGUGUUUGGUCUUGUUUGUUUGUUUUGGUUUGGGGUUUUGGGGGUUUGUUUGUUUGUUUUUUGGUUUUGUUUUAAAAUCAUUAGUUUUCUGUAAGGACCCUUCCACCAUCUCAUGUCUCCAUCAUGUGAGUCUCUGUUGUCUGUGGCUUUUACAUUUGAAGUGGAGAAAAUGUUUGAUCCCAGCCCCGUUUCUCUCAUCUGCUUCUGGAAAGUCAUGGGUCAGGGCUGCAGAGGCAAUGUGGAUAAAAACAAAAGUCCUGGGGCUGGGAGAGCUUUGUCACUCCCGGGCCAAAUGAGGAUUCCCCACGGGGAGGGGCACAGGCCUUCAGCGGGUGCUCAGCCAGAACUCCCUGUGCCGCCACGGGAUUGCCUCAGUCUGAGUGUGGAGGGGCCACCCUGGGGUCACCAGGUUUAAAGCCGUAGCCACGAUGGGACCCAAACACUGAGUAAUGAGGUCCUCCUGACUCGGCCUGGAAGCCACAGUCUAAUGAAGGGGCAAGCCUGCCUUUGAGUGCGUUAUUUUUGUUUCCACUUUCAAAGGUCGUGUUUGCGCCCCGUGUGUUCUAGGUGAGGAAUCGUCCCCUCUUGGCCACACUUGAGCUAAAAGUAGGUGUCGGGGAAGAGCAGCGAGACAUGGUGGACGGUGACUCAUCUCUGCCUGGACGGUCCCUCCCACACUGUCCCCCGGCAGCUAUAUGAGACACCCUGCCCUUCUCCGCCUGACCUGCCGAAGACCGAAGCGGGGUGGUCUGGAGCACCCCCUUGCCCGGACCAGCAAUGUGAGCAACGGAACAGCCCUCCAGGACCACCUCCCCCCAGACAGGCGACCCUCCCGUGGUUCCCAACAGAGGCGUCACCCGUCACUUUGAUCUCUUUGGGAUCCCAGGGGCCGACUGUAGCGUCCCCAAAGACGCCGCCUUCACCCCUUGUUGCUCAUGUUGAUGCGACUGGACCCAGGGGCCAAGGACCCUGGGGCAGCGCCCCCAGGAAGGUGUCCACCCGGUCAUGGCAGAGGGCAGUGCGGACCCCAACACGGUGGCUCCUCCUAGGGGGUCCUCCCUCCUUCCCCCAUGGGCCCUUCCUCUCUGAAACUGCAUCUUUUAGAACGUUCCCCUGGUUGUGUGCUUCCACCCCCACACUUGGGGCAGCUUCCCUGUUCCUGUUUCACUCUGGGUCGUCAGGUCACAUCCUUGCAGCCAGAUGGCGGCCCCUGGGGAAGGCCUCCGUGGCCGAUGGGCUGGUGGACAGGCCCCCCGUUUGCCCAAGAGAUCUGCACGGGGCAGGCCGCCCCAGUGGCACCUGCCGCAAAGUCCACUCUCCACGGGCACGUGCGGGCCGGCAGUGACAGACAAGAGCCGGGACAAGGGACAGCAGUUCAGCUGAGAUGGUGGGACAGGUCCUGCCCUGGUGGGGCCAGGGGGGCACCCUUGAUUUUGGAUGUGUCCCCACAUUCCAUGGCUGCUGCCCUGGGGGUCCUCACGCCUGUCCCCUCCCGCAUCCAGCCAGGUGCCGGGUCGCAGUGUGAAAGAGAACAUCCAGAAACUCAGAAAUGUAAAAUGACGGGAAAAUAGGUUUUUAAAGUUGGGGCAUGGGGCAGGGGCGCCUCUUCUGGUGAGUAGGAGGCAGCCAUGAGGUGCGGCCACUUCUUGCCUGCACCCUAUUUGCUCUGUAACAGGCUGGAGAGUCGAUGGCAGAGUGUAGCCCACCGUCAUCCUGGCCUGGACACGAGGUAGGGGGGUGGUGGAUUGCACCCCCCACCCCACCCGCUCCGAGGGGCAGGGGAGCUAAGCUCAUGAGGACUAGCCGAGGAGUGGGCGCGUGACCUCCCAGCCCGCUCACCCAGGGUCCCUCCACACUGACAGCAGGGAUUGUUGUCCUGGGAUUCCCGCCUUCCCAUCCCUGCCCCUGGCUCCUGAGCAGUGCUGAGCGCCGGGGUCAGCCCACAGACCGCAUGCUUCAGCAUCCCACGCCAGGGCCGUUGCUGCUGCACUGUCCACGCAGGUGGGGACCUGAGCCACCGCCUGGCACCCUGUGUGUGUUCACACCCUCAAAUGAGACCUGCCCAAGGUCCCGGCCCACCAGUGAGGAUGGGACCUUUGCCUGCUGUCCAUCUGGGCCCUUCCUCAGCCUGCGGGCGGGGAGGAAUGAAAGCAAGGGGGGGGGUGGCCGGGAGUCCUCCCAACGUCUCUCCCAGCCUCCCGCUGCCCCCUGCCCCGCCCAGUUCUGCCCCUGCCCCCCACUCUGGGCUCCAGGCUUGGGUUUGCAGGGCUGAGCUUGGCUCCUCCUCAGGGUCUUGGCGGAGAAAGUGCAGAGCAGCAGUUCCCUCCACAAAGCCGCACUGUUCUCAGCAAAUCCUCCCAGGAGCGGGAUGCAUUUUUUUCAAAUGAUUCAGCAGCACGUGAAUGGGAAGGGCCCCGAGCCCAAGGCUUCGGAGACCGUGAUCAAGGCCUCUGGCAUGAGAUCCCGCUGGGCCAACAGCGAGAAGGGAGGAAGGGUGGUGGGGCUUGAGUUGGGUUUCCAUCUGGGUCCUGGGGUGGGGGGUGGGGGUGGUCAGGAGGGCAGCUUGAAGCGGAGUGGUGAGGCCUGCAGCGUGUGUCUGCAUGGCACGGCUCUCCUAGAGAUGCUUCUCUCCUGCUCCCCAGGGGAGCCGAAGCAAACGGACAGAAAAUGGAGAUGGGCGAGCUGGUCUCCAUGGAGACAGGGCAUCCAGUGGACAGCCGCUCACAUGUGUGUGCUAGAAUCUUGAGCAACAAGGGCAGGCCUGGCAGAUCCUCAGGUAGCAGGCUCACGAGCAGCAUGGACCCGGGCUGGGGCUGUGCUGCUAUUUCCUGUUUUCUGUCUGCACCCUCCCUGCCCCACCCUCGAUUUCCGAAUAAACACAUCUGCGCUGAGCAGUUAUCAUUCCGGGUGUUUUUGACCUUGGCCCGAGUCAUGCUGGCCAAGUCUUGACCUCACCCUGGACAGCCCAGCCCUGCCCUGGACAUCUGUUGGCUCUUGGGGUUGGGGUGGUCUGGGAAGCUUUGGGGGACCUGGUGGUGGGGGGAGGGUCCGGUCUCUCUCAGCUGCUGCAGGGACAGACGAAAUCCUCAGUUGCCUGCAGCAUCCCAGGACUGUUUCUAAUUACUUCAUUUCCCUGAAAGCAACGAACUUGGAGGUCUCCUCCAGCCCAACUGAAAGGGGCCUGGCCUUGAAACCAGGGAAGGCAAAGCUGAGUGCCCAGGGAGAGCCCCCAGGGCCGUGUCCACCAGAGGGGCCGCUGGGAAGGUGAGGGCUGGGUGCACAGUGAGGCCGGAGGGGAGGUGGGGCUGGAUGCUCCCAGGGCCUUCCAGGCAUCAGGCCAGCGCUGACGUCAUGCAUUCCUGUGACAUCUCCCAGGACCUGCAGCCACACCCCGUUUUCACGUGCUGUUCUGUAGGGAGGGGCGUGGCCCCAAAACAUGGGCUAUCUGCGCGGUCUGCAGUCCGUGAGCACAACGACCCUGUUUCUAAGUCACCAUCCAACCCCCAACCCCCGCCACUCCAGACAGUGAAGUUUGCCUCUCCCGUCCCCACCAAACAAGCAGAUGCAGCCCCAUUGCCAAGGCUCCCAGUGUCUUUACCACACACCCUACGGCCCCCUGAGAUGAUUUAGUUACAUGCAAGCAGUUAGGAAUCCUUCAGUAAUACCAGACCACGGCUCUGAAAAAAUAUAAUCAUUCCAUUACAGCUUUCAGAGGGCAGAGCAGCCGACUGUGUGUCUGGGGUGGUAGAUGCAGGAAGUGGGGUGCCCCUCACUCUCCUGACUCUAGCCUCAAAGUUUAGUGGCAGCUGGGAUGGAGGUGCCCCUGUUUCAUGCCCCCCUGAGACUUGGGACACGUUCGUCAAUCAAAGGUUGAGGGGCCUCAGCCAAGUCGACCAGCCUACAGUGUCAUUGUGUUCACCCGAAAGGGACAAGAGACCCUCAGCCCAGGUGGCAGCCCUGGGAUGUUGCUGCAGGGAUUAAGCAAAGACUUCGAUGGCUCUGUGAUUUGAGGUGUAGAUGUCUACACUUGAGGUGCCCAUUCUCCAGUGAGUGUAGACAAAAGUGUGGAACCCUCCAGCCCCCUCGCAAGUACCCCAGCAGAGCAGAGCACACCUGGAGAGUGGGGGUCUGGAGCCCAGCCUGAGAUAAGUGGAGGCUAGGAAGGACUGAUGCUGAAGCUGAAGCUCCAGUACUUUGGCCACCUGAUGCUAAGAGUUGACUCAUUGGAAAAGACCCUAAUGAUGGGAAGGAUUGAGGGCAGGAGGAAAAG